ACAAGCAGAACCACAUUCUCUCUCGCACUUUUUCUCUUCUACUCUGUACCAAUUCGUUUGGAUUCUACCCGUAACCAUCAGUACUAAGAUUUAAUUUCCCCGUCACAAUGGCUGCUGUUCCCGGUCCCGUCUAUGGCCUCGAGGUCCCGCCUGGAGAGGUGCUGAUCCCAGCCAACUUGGAGUUUCCUGCCUCUUUCCGCAUCACCAUGGCCGCUUUAGAUCCUACCCAGGAGCCAGAGCUCGAUGACUCCAAGAAUACCCCUUCUGUCCCUCGUUCAACUCUGCGCCUGAUCAAGCGCGCCUUCCCUGGCCUUGAUGAGGAUGAGGAUGAUGAGCUUAGUGAUGAGUACCUGAGCGCCCUUCUCGGCAACUCUGACGACGAGGACGACGAGGCCAACGGUGGCCCCAGCGACCCUGCCAAGGCUAAGAAGCAGAAGCAGGCUGCUGCCAUCAAGAAGCUUCUGGAGGCCACCAACGGCGAGGACUCUGACGACGAGGAGAUGGAGGAUGCCGAGACCAACGGCGUCAAGUCCAAGAAGGGCAAGAGCAACGCUAAGGGCAAGGGCAAGGGCAAGGCCAUUGAGGAGGAGGAGGAAGAUGAGGAAGAGGAUGAGGAGGACGAGGAUGACGACAGCGAGGGAGGUGACCUCGAGAACUUCGUUCUCUGCACUCUCGACACUGAGCGGAACUACCAGCAACCUCUUGAUAUUACUGUCAACCAAGGCGAGAAGGUCUUCUUCGUCGUCUCAGGAACCCACACCGUUUACCUGACCGGUAACUACAUUAUGGAUGAUGAGGAUGAGGAGCGCGAGGAGGGUGAGGAUGACUAUGACCUGUCCCCCGAUGAGCUGGAAUAUGCCAUGGGUGAGGAGGACAGCGAGGAGGAGAGCGACGAUCUCGACGAUAUCGCUGAUCCCCGCAUCACCGAAGUCGACUCCGAUGAGGAAGUCCCCAAGUUGGUUCCCACCGACAGCAAGAAGGGCAAGAACAAGCGCUCUGCUGCCGAGGCUGAGGGCCUUGACGAGCUCAUCUCCAAGGCUGCCGAUUCCAAGCUCUCCAAGAAGCAGCAGAAGAAGCUCAAGAACAACAAGGGCGAGGCUGUCGCCGCUGAGGAGAAGGAAGAGAAGAAGGACACCAAGAAGGUCCAGUUCGCCAAGAACCUGGAGCAGGGUCCUACUGGCUCAGCCGAGAAGGCUAAGCAGGCCGGCAAGGCCUCUCUUGGUGUCAAGAAUGUUCAGGGCGUGACCGUUGAUGACCGCACAAUUGGCAAGGGCCGCACUGUCAAGAAUGGCGACACUGUUGGCGUCCGAUACAUUGGCAAGCUCCAGAAUGGACAGCAGUUCGAUGCCAACAAGAAGGGCAAGCCCUUUUCUUUCAAGAUCGGCAAGGGCCAGGUCAUCAAGGGCUGGGACGUUGGUAUUGUCGGCAUGGCCAUCGGCGGCGAACGCCGACUGACGAUUCCCGCUCACCUCGCCUACGGCUCCAAGAGCCUGCCCGGCAUUCCCGCCAACAGCCAACUGACCUUCGACGUCAAGCUGCUCGAGAUCAAAUAAAUCAAAGUCAAUAUAAACUUGGGACCGGCGUUGGAUGACUUCCAUGGUUGCGUGUACUAAUUCUUUACCCCCAUCCUCUGGACGACGUGGAAAGUUGGGCAUGGUUCAUUUUGUUUUUCUUGUUUCCUUUGACAUGUUGCACUGAUGAGGAGCCUGAGGCCUUCAGCUCUGCCAUGGCGUGUAGUGCCAUGGAACGUUGGGAUGUGGCAUGCACAUCGGGGUUUGGGAUUAUCAAAGGCGAGGAGCCGGAAUUGUUUGAGCUAAGCGUACAAGCCGAGCACUCCUUUGGUGUCUCUUGUGUACAACGUCGCAGCUGUUGAUAAAAAUUCGGGUGAUUAAGGGUUUGAAAUGGGCGAUUUAGACGUCUAUAAAAAGGAAUAAAAAUAUGUUUUCAUAU